GUGCUUGUCUGAUCCGUCGCUCUUUCCCUCUCGUCGGGGAAGGCGGGACUGUAUUAGCCGGGCAGGGCGUUCUUUCUGCGGUCACAGGCGGCGUAGUCGUUCUAGGGGUGGGUCUUUCUUGGCAAAGGAAAACCCACCUUUUUCAUUGUUUAGAUCUCGAAGGAAUGUGAUGGUUUGAUCUUGCGGCGCAAGGGAGGGGGGUGAGAGAAGGAACUAGCGAGGACCCUGCUGAGAGCUGCUCUAUUCAUCCUCAAAAAGUCAAACGCGACUGAGUACUUUGCCCUUCCAGAAAGGUACCUCCGAAAAAUUGUCACCGUUCUUCUCCCAGUGCUCAAGGUGGUCAAAACUCACUUGGAUCACCAGUGAUAGUGGAGACAAGACUGAAAUAAAAAGUAUUCAAAACAUCCUCCUGAGGGUAGGAAGAAAACGGGGACCUGUCCUUUAUAAUUUCUUCUUAAGAGUCCCGGAACCACUUAGAAAACACCACCAUACAAAUGUGUACCCCUCCAUCAAACAAUCAUAAAGACCUCACAGUAGAUUAGUAUCAGAAAGAAAAAAUGACAGACACAACAAGUCGCCAUCUGAGACACAAGUUGCAGAGCUUCGGACGACGUCUGGAUGAGCUUGAAGAGGCCAGAGGCAAACUACAGAAAGCUGAAGAUGAACUUCUUGACAUUCAGGACAAAAUCAUUCAGGCUGAGGGUAGCAAUUCCUCACUGUUCGCCGAUGUGGAGACAAUGCGGAAGAGAUUGCUCAAAAUUGAAGGCAAAGAUGAAGAGGUCAGGAAAGCGGAGGAUCUUUGUCGUGAGGUUCGAGAGAAAUUAGAUCAAGAAGAGAAACUUACCAAUAAUCUUAAAGCAGAGAUUGAGCGUCUUCAGCGUAGAAUGACUGAACUUGAGAAGCUUGAAGAGGCUUUUGGUAAAAGCAAGUCAGACUGUACCCAGCUGUGCCUUAGUCUUAACGAAGAGAGAAACCUGACCAAAAAGCUUGCAGCAGAGCUUGAUACCUUGAAGGCCCAUGUCAAGGAAGUGGAUACCUCUGAAGCUCGACUUGACAGGGCAGAAAAAUCCCUUACUGCAGAGAUGGAGAAACUAAAGAGUCUCACUCAGACUUUUGUGACUGAACGCAAAAGACUUCUGGAAAAGCAGAGAGAGGAUGAGAAAACCAUACUCAAGCUGACUGAGAAGCUUGAACGUCAGAAAAACAAACUAGGCCCAGCAGACCACAGCCGAUUUGAUUCUAGAGAUCUUCGAAUUGAGGAUGAGUUCUCAGCAGGUCUUACAUGCAAACUGGCCAGGAAGAAGAGUCUUGACUGCUUGAAGCAUUCAGGUGACCUAGAUUUGAGAAAUGAGUCCAAGAAUGAGAAAAAUAGCUUAGAGGGUCAAGAAGAUAAUAAAGUUAAAGACCUCAGCCAGGAAGUAGAAAGACUGAAGAAUCGUUUGAAGCAGAUGGAGUUAGUGGAGGAGGACUUAAAGAACAUGGAAUCCAAGAAUGCAGAAUUGAUAGAAAAGUACCAGCAUGAGAGGGACCGUAGUCAAGCUCUCCAUGACCAGGUUGAGCAGAUGAAAAUGCAGCUCAAUGGUUGCAGCAGUAGUAAUGGAAACUCUGCAAUUACCAGCACUACAAAGUUCCUAGAGAAUGGCAAGGCAGAAAUUGAAGAGAUCCAUGUACGAGGCUUCAGACAGGAGAAACCUAAAUUGCUAAAUAGGAGUCCUGCUGCUUCUGAACCAGUCACCUCAAAGUACAAAAGCAGAGAGGCAUCUCCUCAGCAGAGACGAGAAACUAAGCAAAAGAACAAAGACCUGUGUCACUCCACAGAAAGCUCCCCGAAGACUGUACGAAGGACUCUUAGUCCAGCACAUAGUGUCAGGAAAGGUAUGAGGACUGGUGCUUCCAGUACUACUUCUGAUAAUGGGACAAAAGAUGGAAAGAAAGAUGAAAAAAUUGGAAGUGCUUCAUCAAGUACUCUCAGUGAAAGCAAGAAACUUUCAGUCCUUAGUCGCUAUCCUCCAGCUGCUAAUGACCAAAAGUCUUGGAAGCCAUCAGUCAAGCAAAUCGACAGUGAUAGCAAUAAGAUUCGAACAGAGAAGUUGUCCAGGUACCCUGGAAAUGAUAGUGAAUCAAACAACUCUGAUGGGUCACUCCUAAUUUCAGCCAGUGCUGCUGUCAUUGCUUCAUCUGAGAAGGGACUAACUGAACCCGAGAGUCUAGAUCAGGAUGCUUCUGCAAUAUUGAGUAUGUCCAAGGCAAAUGGAUCCUAUACUGCUUACAGAUCCCAUGUAUCGCCAUCUGUUCUGAGUGACCAUGGUUCGGAUGGUCACUCCUCAGCCUCUGAAACAGAAUCCACUGGCUCCAGACGAUCGGUAGGUGAGCAAAACGACCCCCUGAUGUCAAGUGGAAGAAAAUACAGUAGAUACUCACGACUGCAAGAAUCUUACUCUGAUGGUUCCUCAAAGGUCCCCUUCAGCGAGGAGCAACACAGGCCUCUUAUAGUGGAAGGGAAUAACCAGGAAACUACGCAUUCUACCUCAGGUAUUGAGGUCCGCAGGGUAUGCAGCCCUCGUGAAGCCCUCCGGUCAAAAGCUAUCAUCAAGCAAGCCAUUGUUGAGAUUGAUAGAAAGGAAGUGUUGUCAGGGGGAGUCACAGAGCCUUUGACCACCAGUGGGAAACCCAAGAUAUCCACUAAGCCAGUAUUGACUAGCAAGAUGACCAGCAGUAUCACCUUCUAUCCCAAUGACCCCAGCUCCUCUCGAACAAGCAGUCGGAGCAGUAGUUUAUCAAGUGAGCCCCCUUCCAAGGAAAGACACACUUCCACAAGUAAUAUUGUUAUCAGCCCCAGUAUUGAGCACAGGGGUAGCAUCUCUAUACCUUACGAAAUAUCCAUCCCUAAGAGUGAGAUCACUCUACGUCAAAGUGAGGCUGAUGCUGACUUUUCUCAAACUCACAGUUGCCUUGAGACUGCUCCUGUGGAGGCAGCCCUCGUAUCUCAAAGCAGCUUCAGCCUCCAGUCUUCAGAAGCUUCAGACUUGAACAAUGACAUUGAGUCUGGCUUUGAGAGCAGCAGUAGCAGCACCACCAUGACCAGCAGGAGAGGCCACCACAACCACCACUCAUAUGAUGACAGUUUGCCAGAAAUGAGAAACGUCACUGUCAGGAGCACUUGGAGGAGCCGUGGGGCAGCUUCUGUGGAGGAAUCUGCUCGAGCACCAAGGCAAGAUGGCUCAGAGGAUGAGGGUGAGUCUGCAACCACCUGGAGAGCGUAUAGGGCAACUACAGUGAUGGACACUCCAUCGAACUCCAGCACUGUUGCUAAUUGUGGAGGUAAACCAAGCCCAGUCGAAGUAUACAUGCGUAGGAUCAACAAUGCAGCACCUUCGGUCCCUGAUCUGGGACGACGGAACAAGAAGACUCCUUCACCAGAGAGAGCUAUUGCACAUGAGCCUGUCAGUGCUCAGCAACUUCAGCCAAGAGGCCGUAAACACCCCAUGUCUGCAGAUGAUCGAGAAAGCGCUCCGUCCUCAUGGCGAAGGCAGCCUGCAGGUGACGUGGACCUGUACGAUAGAUCUGGGAGUCGUGGAGCGUGGUCUAGCAGAAACCGCACCGCUGAUGGAAGCCGGUCGUGGUCAAAUCGCCAUCUGGACAAUUGACCCAGAUUACCCACAUUUCCAACUAGAGUUCUUACAUCUCAAAGCGACUCUUGUGCGCAAGGAAUGAAGCUCAUCUCAUCUCUUCAGUUACACCAUAUCUUUAAAGACCAUCAGAUGAACAGAUUUCCAGGCAGUUAUCCCUGGGAACCAUCUCAUCGUGCUCUUACAUCAACCACACCUGUAUGAAUUCACCAUCUUCCAGCUGUCGUUUGGGAACAGCGGUCACAUGUUCCUACAGCGAUGAAUCCUCUUCUGCUCCCCGUAGUGUAUUAAAGUCUUCAGAUGUGACAAGGGAGAGGCGCAGACAGUCUUGGUGUUUGGAGGAUGUGAAAGGGGCUUUGGAUCACAGUCCUCCCUGGUGCCACAGGUCCUGGUAGAUGUCCAAACUUGAGUUUCAUGUGUUUUCACAAGGAGCAGGUUACAGCUUUUGGCAUUUCUGGAUGGUGUUUAAUUCAGGAAUCAAUUGGGAUUAUUGCACACAGCUAAAAUUCAUUGAUUAUACAGGCGUUCAUACACUGAGCCAGUAGUCAACCACAUGCUAAGUCUUUCAUGCCUGGUGCCCAAGUUUAUUUGAUCUCAUUUUUAAUUUUCUCCUUGUAUCUGAUCAUGUCUAUUGAACUGUAUUAUUUUACUAGUUUGUUUAAUUCCUUCAUCCUCAUAUCUUUAAAUGGAUUUGAUGGUCUCACAACCAGCAUAGCGAAUACACAGGACCACGACACUUAAAAGCUGGGAAACACAUCUGCAUGUUGAAUCUUCCCUGUCUCAGUAGCUCUGAAGGGAUGUUGGCUUUGGAUUCCAAACCAGCUAGAGAAGAAUCCAAUCACCUAGAGCUCGAGUGACCUCGUCCAUUUGGGUAAUUUACCGGGAUUAACCCAAUGCUGGACAUUUAUGGAGAAUUUUCAGAGCGGGCUACUCACAAACGCUCUGUGACUCUACUCGCAAAAUUUGCACAGAAAGACAUUGGUCCGAACUCUCAGUGUGUCACAGGAAACCAGCGUUAGGGAUUCUGCAGGUCUGAGUCAGUCUAUAAAAAACCCCUAGAUGGGUUGUGUUUUCAGUUAUUUCAGCUGUAAAGCUUGUUGAGCCUUGAGGGUGGCUAGCAUGACACCACAGAGGAUCCAGAACGCUUAAGUUAGGAAUGCUUGUGCCUGGAUAAAUGGCCUCACCAUUGAAAACAACGGAAUGCCCAUCACUUUGUCCUCAUAUGGAAAUAUUAUUGAAUAGAGCUGCUGCAGUUGAAAUGUCUUGUACUGUUUCUAUUAGGUUUUAAACUCUAGUGCCGCCAAUGAUUUAUUUUCUCAUUCAGGCUCAGAUUCCUCUUGUCCUUGAAUACUUUAAAGUGUCUGUGUGUAUUAAUAGCUCUCUUAUAUAAUACUAUGUCUCGAUUGAACCCGACGAUGACGACGAAGGGUCCAUUAUCCCUCGGCCCGCCAGAUGAUUUCAGUCUCCAAUGUCACUGGAAUGUGGGAUGUUUUAUUUUUCUGUUUGUUUUAAUCUAAUGCUGUACAUGUAAAGUUCUGGGAGUUGAUGAUCAGGUGGGCAGUUUGCUUUCUUUGCAGCAUCUUACUUGGUUAUUACUGCUUUAAAAAGAUCCACGCAUCACCAUCAGUCAGUUUUUCUUCGUUCUAGGUUUCAUGUGCUUCUGUGUCCUGUAUUCAUCCCUCUGCUUGGGCUGGAAGGAGUCUUUGAAACGAGUGGAAUUUUAUUUUUUUGUCUAUCGAUUGAUCCAUUUUAUUUAAGUCAUUCUAAUGAAUUUGUAAUUGCACUUAAAUCAUUAAAACAGUUUUAUAAAGUACAAAAACAGACUAGAUCCUUCUGAAAAUCAGUCAUUUCUGAUGUAUAAAUAAUGUUUUUACAGCUUUGGUUUGGAUUAUACCUCAGAAAUGGAGACACUACACAUAAUUGAUGUGGUUUAGCAGCAAAAAAUGUAAUGUUUAAUGAAUAAUGUAAUGAUUUUACCACCCAACAAAACUAAGACUUAAUUUUCUACACCAAACAGCAUUUAUAGUAUAUAUGUUUCAUUAAUUUCGGAAAGUUUUUCAAGAACUCGUUAGACUUCGGUCGGUGUUUUGGCUUUGUACUUCCCAGAUUUUGGUGUCUGCUUUGUUCUGCACAUUAAAACCAAACGUGUCUUUCCAAAUGCAUUCCCCAGACUUCACCUCUACUUCCUGUUCAGGGGUGUUGGGCUGAAGCGGACAUGCUGGUUCCUGUAUCUCAUGCCCUUGCUUUCCCAGAAUACCUUAGUGCUUGAGGCUGCUGUAAUCCAAGCUGCCGGUCCCUAAAGCCAUUUUAUUAGCUGGCUAAAGCAGUGACAGCAGGCCUGAUAUACGACCCCAGUGUUGGUUGCAGGUCAUAGGUCAGUGCUGCAUUUGAUGGGCGUAUAACUUGUGAGGGAGGAAGUGAGACCAGCUGGCAGCAAAAGAGUAAGCAGAAAGGGUGAACGGCCAACUUUGGUGGUGUCCACGUGUGGUACCAAGAAGAACCAGGAGGGUCAGCCUGGAUUCUGUAGAGUUUUAGCCAUUUCUCAACUUCCACAAAUAGUUUCAGGCAUUAUGAAUUGUAAAUCUCUUUAUAAUAAAAUUGUGCCCGCUCAAAGCUUGCAAACAUGAUCCUAAAACUGCAGCAUGACCCGAAUGGACGUGAUGAUAUAGUGCGAGUCUGUAUUGGAAACCCCAGCAGACUCUUCCCUCCCAACCCCCCCGGCCAGGCAAAGGUCUCUCGGCUGCGCUGUGGCUUCAACGCGCAACCGCAGCUGUCGGAAACCGUAGUUUUUAUGUGCUCACAACUCAGUCCAAAGUUUCUGAAAGAGGCCGACUGAAUCCGCAAUUGUCAAGGAAUUCUUCCUCGUUUCUCAACCCCAUUUGCUAAUGUGUCAGUAAGCCGUUCGCCCUCAGAAGUCAUCUAACACAUGUCUCUGAUUUUCAUUCCUCCACUUCUGUCUUUAGCUCUCUGUGGAAAUAAUGGCUGUGAGCUUCGAUUACACGUCUCAGAACAGAUCAAAGGUUAUAUAGUUUCACAUAAGAAAAUAUAUCUCCCUACAUCAAGGUUUUCCCAUCUACAUCACUUUUGUGUACAUUUAUGAGGUCAAGCUUAACCUAGUUAUGACACCAGUCAGUAAGCAUUACCAUGUUUAGCUUCUGACAGUUAGUGAUUACUCAGAAUGGUUUUUAAUCAUUUUCAGUGACAAUUUUCUAAGCCUUAUUGAGGAGAGUAGUAAGAGAAAGAGUUGUAAUUUUUUUUAUAAAUGUCGUAAGCAAUAAAGUAAUAUUGAAUGUACAGAAGAGAAAUUUUGAAGGCUGUGUUAUACCCGCAUUGGGAGCCGGUAUUGGUCCUGAAAGGUCAAAAAUAAGUCACGCUGAGAAUCUGCACUUAACCAGCACUUAACGUAAAUGAUUCUUUAACCUUUUCCUUAACCUUUAUGGAUUUCAUUUUCUAAUAUGCCUGUUUUUUUCCCUAAUUCCCUUCACCCUAAUUAAUUGAAUGUAAAGCCAUUAAAGAUGUGUGUAUGUGUGUGUGUGUAUGUGUAUAUAUACACACACACACACACACACACACACACACACACACACACACACACACACACACGUGUUUGUGCACUGGCCAAAAUGAAAGAAUAAGUUCACCUGCAGCAACUGUGAGACAGAUCUUGUAUUGUUGGGGUUGACAAAUGGACUGUCCACAUUAUUUGUAUAGACUGCAAAGUGUUUUAUUUUAAUUUGUCAUUUUAUUUUUUUCUGUACGGCCAAGUGCUUUGUAUUGUCUGUUUCAGUUGACACAUAAUGUGCCAAAAACCAUUCCAAGAUGUUUUUGUAGUUUACAAGGAAACAAACAGCUUCUUAAGCAUUAUUGAAAUUAAAAGGGUGAAUAUUUCUGUGGUCAAGCCUUUCCUUCAUCUGCUUUUUUCCCCUCAAACUACAAUUGGAUAGGUUUUAUUUAAAAGUAUCCUGUAAUUUUGUAAAGUGGGCCAUUUAUUUUUUUCCCUUUUUUGUUUAUUGUGUAGAUGUGUACCUUAUUGGGCUCCUGGAGAGUGUUUUUUUUGCAUUAUUAAUUUCAAUAUUAUGUUUUAUUCAUAAUUUGAAUGAACUAUUAAAAUGAGCAGACUCAGUUAAAAGUGUUAAUUCACCAGCUUUUCAAACGUUGCUUUUUUCUUUCAUUCUAAGGGAAGUGUUUAGGUAAAGUAAGAUAAAUAUAUUGAGCCAGAGGCUCAGUAUGGUUCAGUUCUGUACUGUUCUCCUCUUUUAUUAACCGCUCAGACUGUGGGUUUCCCUUCUGUUCAUUCAGGGUUCAUUCAUCUCCUGUGCCGUAUUAAAAACGCUGCCAAAGACAGAUUUCAGGCCUUAAACACGCUUACGCAAACAUGCUGUAACAGAGUAACUGAAUUAAAGUUCACUGAUAUUUGCUUACACUGUCUCUCAAAGACACUGCACAUAUAAAUACAGGCCUGCAUCAUUAAAGAAUGGUGACAGAAUGGUUAUCAAGCAGGUGUUGGUACAGCGUGAACCUGCGGUGAGGAAACAGUUGAACAUGCUCAUUGUAUUCAGCCUCUCAGUGUCAGCAAUAACACACUGUGUUUCAGUCUUACACCUUUGUACUGUAAUAUUUGUGCAUGUUUCAGCUUAACAUUCAGCACUGUGCAUGGAGCUAGACAUCUCUUUAGGCUGAACUGCAGACUAUAUGUAUUCCAGCUAAUAUAAUAAAAGCAACUUGUUUGUAA